UGUUCCCAGUGCUGAUUCUGUUCUGAGGCAGACACCGACUGCGGAGCUCUCCCAAACGGUCCCUCAUCUUUUCUCAUCACCAUCACACCUCCCUCCCUCUCUCCCAAAAAGAAAAAAAAAACCAAGCCGAACGUAAUGGAUUGUUGGCAAAUGUGUGCCAUGGAUCAAUGAACAUGAUGGAUUCGUUUCACUGUGUUCUCUUCGUGGUUUUCGCUGUCCACGCCAAUUCGGUUGCAUUUGCGGACAGGAGAUUCGGUUGCUUGUUUGAGGACGAGCUGUGCACUGCGUAUGAAGUCUGCUCCAACGAUGGAGUGUUCGGCAGGUGUCAGAACGUUCCCGUCACAGAGGUAUACACCUACGACGUGUCCCCUUCCUCUCUGCUGAGACUGCGGACCCUGCUCCAGAAACUGUCCCACCGAGGGCUGACGUGGGAAGAUGAGGCAGCCCAGCAGGCCAUUUCCAAAGAGCUGUCGAAGCUGCGGAGAGUGUCCUACAGCCUCCCAGAGACGGGCCGGGCCAGGCUGUCGGGCGUGAGUGACAGCGGGAGCAGGAAGCUGAAGGUGCAGGAGGAAGAGGAGCUCGGCCGGUCGAUGAAGAAGUACCUGCAGCGCCUGGGGCUCCUCCCCCAGCCAGCCCCUCCUGCCCCGCCCCCAGGGCCCAGGACCAACGGCAAGAUGGGACAGAGCGAUGGCGUCCUCUACUCCCCGGGGAAGGGGCGUGGCCGGCCGGAUGACGGACAGCUCCUCCUGGCCGCCCUGCAGCAGUACCUGGCCCGGGGCCCCGCCCCUGGCCCCGCCCCUGGCCCCGCCCCUUACAGCGGCAGGCCCCGCCCGUUCGCGAGCAGCAGGCCCGGAGGUGUGAGCGGGGCGGGGGGGGUGGAGGGGUACCGGGUCCGGCCCCCGCAGACCCCCGGCCUGGCCCAGGGAGCCCAGCCGGGCAGGACCGACGCUCACAGGCUGCUCUUCAGACCUGGGACCAGCCCACGGCCGGCCCAGGACCCCCUCAGUCUGGUGGACGCGCGACAGAGGGGCGAAGGAAAGCCAAACUCGAGUGACAAGGACCUCGGCUUGGUGAGCAAGUUGCUGGAGUACCUGGACAGGACCAACUUUGGCGACGGGCAGGUGGGGGCGGGGCCGGCCGUCGGGGUGGAGAACGUGAAGAGCAGGACCACCCGAAAGGACCUGGCGCUGCCCAAACCGGGCGACCCGCCCCCCCCUGGCCCGGCCGUGGGCGCGGUCCCGGCCGCCAUCCUGCUGGGGCCGCAGAAGAAGGUCAUGCACGUCCAGCAGGAGCUGCAGCUCGACGUGAAGACCGUCUCUGCGGCCGAGAGGGAGGAAGACUACGGCUACAUCAUCACAGACUCUGACUCUCUCUCCACGGACCAGGGCGUGCACAUGAUGGAGGUUCUGGCACACAGCGUCAGACUGCAGAUGUCUGACUUCCACCAGCUCAAGGUGGAUGGCUCAGCUGUGACCUUCAAAGUGCGGCCCAACCCUCAGAACGUUUCCACCGCAGAUGUGGCCCACGCUGCAGAUCGGCAGAAGGACAGACUGGAGAAGGAGACGGGCGUGAGGAUCCUGGAGGUGGGAAUUACUGAGAAGAGCACGCUGAACCAGAUCCUGACCAAGUACAACCAGGCCGAGUCGACCAAGUUCCUGAUCCUGACGGUCAUCUCCAUCGUGUGCAUCAUCGGGGUCCUGGUGGCGUCCGCCGUCAUCUACUGCAUGCGCCACCGCUCCCACCACAAGCUGAAGGAGAAGCUCACCCGACUGGGCACGGACGCCGCCACUGACCCCACAGCCACCUAUCAGGAGCUGUGUCGCCAGCGCAUGGCGGUGCGCACGGCGGAGAGGCCGGAGCCCAUGCAUGCGUCGCGCAUCAACAGCGUCUCCUCCCAGUUCAGCGACGGGCCGCUCCCCAGCCCCUCCGUCCGCAGCAGCACCUCCUCCUGGAGCGAGGAGCCCGCCCACUCCAACAUGGACAUCUCCACCGGACACAUGAUCCUGUCAUAUAUGGAGGACCACCUGAAGAACAAAAACCGUCUGGAGAAAGAGUGGGAGGCUCUGUGCGCGUACCAGGCCGAGCCCAACGCCUGCACCAUCGCACAGAGGGACGGCAACGCCAAGAAGAACCGCUCCAACGCCGUGCUUGUGUAUGAUCACUCCAGGAUAACCCUGAAGCCCGAGAACAACCAGGGAAGUUCUGACUACAUCAACGCCAGCCCAAUCAUGGACCAUGACCCUCGAAGCCCCGCCUACAUCGCCACCCAGGGCCCUCUCCCCUCCACUGUCGCUGACUUCUGGCAGAUGGUGUGGGAGAACGGCUGUGUGGUCAUUGUGAUGCUGACGCCCCUCACGGAGAACGCCGUGAAGCAGAGCUACCACUACUGGCCCGACGAGGGCUCCAACCUCUACCACAUCUACGAGGUGAACCUGGUGUCGGAGCACAUCUGGUGUGAGGACUUCCUGGUGCGCAGCUUCUACCUGAAGAACAUGCAGACCAACGAGACCCGCACCGUCACCCAGUUCCACUUCCUCACCUGGCUCAACCGGAACGUUCCGGAGUUCAGCCGCACGCUCCUGGACUUCCGCAGGAAAGUUAACAAGUGCUACCGGGGGCGAUCUUGUCCAAUUAUUGUUCACUGCAGUGAUGGAGCUGGGAGGAGUGGGACCUACAUCCUGAUCGACAUGGUGCUCAACAAGAUGGCCAAAGGUGCUAAAGAGAUCGACAUCGCAGCCACCCUGGAGCACCUGAGAGACCAGAGACCUGGCAUGGUGCAGACCAAGGAGCAGUUUGAGUUUGCUCUGACGACCGUGGCAGAGGAGGUCAACGCCAUUCUGAAGGCCCUCCCCCAAUGAGCCCCCCCCCCUAAGUGAGCCCCGCCGAUGUUUUAGCAGACCCCCCACCCCCCCACAUCCCGCUGUGCCCCCUCUAUUCCGCUCCCCCCUACGCAGUCCUGACACCCGAAACCCCCAGAAACGCCCACACUACCAUCAGUCUUCUCAGUGUAACCUGGAUGAAAUGAAGGGCA